AUGCGGGUCGCGCCACCACCAGAGGGCCGUUUUAGGGGGCGGGAGGUGAACUCGCGAGAGGUGCAAGAGUUUACAUUUGUCUUCAUUGAACUUCAAGGGGAUGAAACCAGGCUCUUCAGAGAUGAGCCUAAGGGUGGUAAGCCAGAGUUAGGGAUGAAAUCAGCAGCCCAGCUGAAGUGCAUGUACACUAAUGUAUGCAAUAUGGAUAACAAACAAGAGGAACUGGAAGCCAUCAUGCAGCAGGAAAGCUAUGAUGUAAUCGCCAUCACGGAAACCUACCAGUCGGAUAAUGAUUCUGGGUCAGCAUCAGCUUCUGGAUCUGGUUCAAGUUCUGGAAGCAGUAGUGAUGGAAGUAGCAGUCAAUCAGGUAGCAGUGACUCUGAAUCUAGUUCAGAGUCUGACACAUCUAGAGAGAAGAAACAAGUUCAAGCUAAACCACCACCAAAAGUUGAUGGAUCUGAGUUUUGGAAGUCCAGUCCAAGUAUCCUUGCUGUGCAGAGAUCAACAGUGCUCAAGAAGCAACAACAGCAGAAGGCACCCUCAUCAGACAGUGGUUCAGAAGAGGAUUCGUCGAACAGUGAAGACUCUGCAGAUGACUCUUCCAGUGAAGCCAAGAAGAAAAAACAUAGAGAUGAAGACUGGCAAAUGUCUGGGUCAGGGUCAGUGUCAGGAACUAGUUCCGAUUCUGAAUCAGAUGAAGAUAGAGAGAAAAGCAGUUGUGAAGAUAGUGAAUCUGACUAUGAGCCAAAAAACAAGGUCAAAAGCCGGAAACCUCCAAACAGAAUUGAGCCAAAAAGCAGCAAAAAGAUUGCAGGACAGAAAAAGAGGCAGCUUGAUUCAUCGGAUGAUGAUGACUACGACAAGAGAGUAUCUCGUCGCCAGGCAACAGUCAAUGUUAGUUACAAAGAAGCUGAAGAAACCAAGACAGAUUCUGAUGACUUGUUGGAAGUUUGUGGAGAAGAUGUCCCACAGACUGAAGAAGAUGAAUUUGAAACUAUAGAGAAGUUUAUGAAUAGUCGAAUUGGCCGAAAAGGAGCUACUGGUGCUGCAACCACCAUCUAUGCAGUUGAGGCAGAUGGUGACCCAAAUACGGGGUUUGAAAAGUCAAAGGAGCUAGGAGAAAUGCAGUAUCUUAUUAAAUGGAAAGGCUGGUCGCACAUCCAUAAUACAUGGGAAACUGAGGAAACACUGAAACAACAAAAUGUUAAAGGAAUGAAGAAACUAGACAACUAUAAGAAAAAGGAUCAGGAAACAAAACGCUGGUUGAAAAAUGCUUCUCCAGAAGAUGUGGAAUAUUAUAACUGCCAGCAGGAACUUACAGAUGAUCUACAUAAACAGUAUCAAAUAGUGGAGAGGAUAAUUGCUCAUUCAAAUCAGAAAUCAGCAGCUGGUUAUCCAGAUUACUAUUGCAAAUGGCAAGGUCUGCCUUACUCAGAAUGUAGCUGGGAAGACGGUGCUCUCAUUGCCAAAAAAUUUCAGGCAUGUAUUGAUGAGUAUUUUAGCAGAAACCAAUCCAAGACCACUCCAUUUAAGGACUUCAAGAUUUUAAAACAGAGACCGAGGUUUGUUGCGCUAAAGAAGCAACCAUCUUAUAUUGGAGGACAUGAAGGUUUAGAGUUAAGAGAUUAUCAGUUAAAUGGACUGAACUGGCUUGCUCACUCAUGGUGCAAAGGGAAUAGUUGUAUUCUUGCAGAUGAAAUGGGUCUGGGUAAAACAAUACAAACGAUUUCUUUUCUGAACUACCUGUUUCACGAACAUCAACUGUAUGGACCUUUCUUGCUAGUCGUGCCACUUUCUACCUUGACAUCUUGGCAAAGAGAAAUUCAAACUUGGGCUCCUCAGAUGAAUGCUGUGGUUUACUUAGGAGAUAUAACUAGCAGAAAUACGAUAAGAACUCAUGAAUGGAUGCAUCCACAGACCAAGCGAUUAAAAUUUAAUAUACUUCUAACAACUUAUGAAAUUUUGCUGAAGGAUAAGUCAUUCCUUGGUGGUCUGAAUUGGAUAUUUAUAGGAGUUGAUGAAGCUCAUCGUUUAAAAAAUGAUGAUUCCCUUCUGUACAAGACUUUAAUAGACUUUAAGUCUAAUCAUCGUCUUCUUAUUACUGGAACCCCUCUGCAAAACUCCCUUAAAGAACUUUGGUCUUUGCUGCACUUCAUCAUGCCAGAAAAGUUUUCUUCCUGGGAAGUUUUUGAAGAGGAGCAUGGCAAAGGGAGAGAGUUUGGUUAUGCAAGUCUUCACAAAGAACUUGAACCAUUUUUACUUAGAAGAGUUAAAAAAGAUGUAGAAAAGUCUUUACCUGCUAAGGUUGAACAAAUUUUGAGGAUGGAAAUGAGUGCAUUGCAGAAGCAAUAUUACAAGUGGAUUUUAACCAGGAAUUAUAAAGCCCUGAGUAAAGGUUCAAAAGGCAGUACCUCAGGCUUUUUGAACAUUAUGAUGGAACUCAAGAAGUGUUGUAACCAUUGCUACCUCAUUAAACCACCGGAUGAUAAUGAAUUCUAUAAUAGACAGGAGGCCUUACAGCAUUUAAUACGUAGCAGUGGGAAACUAAUCCUUCUUGACAAGCUACUAAUUCGCCUACGAGAACGUGGCAACAGAGUACUGAUUUUCUCUCAGAUGGUGAGGAUGCUAGACAUCCUAGCAGAGUAUUUGAAGUAUCGUCAGUUUCCCUUUCAGAGACUUGAUGGAUCAAUAAAAGGGGAAUUGAGGAAACAAGCAUUGGAUCAUUUUAAUGCAGAAGGCUCAGAGGACUUCUGCUUUUUGCUGUCUACCAGAGCUGGAGGAUUAGGUAUAAAUUUGGCAUCUGCUGACACUGUAGUUAUAUUUGAUUCUGAUUGGAAUCCACAGAAUGAUCUGCAGGCGCAGGCUAGAGCUCAUAGGAUUGGACAGAAGAAACAGGUUAAUAUUUAUCGACUAGUCACAAAAGGAUCAGUAGAAGAAGAUAUUCUUGAAAGAGCCAAGAAAAAGAUGGUGUUAGAUCACUUAGUAAUUCAGAGAAUGGAUACUACAGGGAAAACCGUACUACAUACAGGCUCUACUCCCUCCAGCUCAACACCUUUUAAUAAGGAAGAGUUGUCAGCAAUUUUGAAGUUCGGUGCUGAGGAACUUUUUAAAGAACCUGAAGGGGAAGAAGAGGAGCCUCAGGAAAUGGAUAUAGAUGAAAUCCUGAAGAGGGCUGAAACUCGAGAAAAUGAACCAGGCCCGCUGACUGUAGGAGAUGAGUUGCUUUCACAGUUCAAGGUGGCUAACUUUUCCAAUAUGGAUGAAGAUGACAUUGAGUUGGAACCAGAACAAAAUUUAAGAAACUGGGAAGAAAUCAUUCCAGAAGUCCAGCGACGACAAAUAGAAGAGGAGGAAAGACAAAAAGAGCUUGAAAAAAUAUAUAUGCUCCCAAGGAUGAGAAACUGUGCAAAACAGAUCAGCUUUAAUGGAAGUGAAGGGAAACGCAGUAGGAGGAGAAGAUAUUCUGGAUCUGAUAGUGACUCAGUCUCAGAAAGAAAAAGACCAAAAAAACGUGGAAGACCUCGAACUAUUCCUCGAGAAAAUAUUAAAGGAUUUAGCGAUGCAGAGAUUAGGAGGUUUAUCAAGAGUUACAAGAAAUUCGGUGGCCCACUUGAAAGGUUAGAUGCUAUAGCUAGAGAUGCUGAGCUAGUUGAUAAAUCUGAGAUGGACCUUAGACGUCUGGGAGAACUUGUACAUAAUGGAUGCAUUAAGUCUUUAAAGGACAAUUCCUUUGGACAAGAAAGAGCAGGAGGUAGAUUUGGGAAAGUUAAAGGCCCAACAUUUCGAAUAUCAGGAGUGCAGGUGAAUGCAAAGCUAGUCAUUUCUCAUGAAGAAGAGUUGGCACCGUUGCACAAAUCCAUUCCUGCAGAUCCAGAAGAAAGGAAAAGAUAUGUCAUCCCAUGCCACACCAAGGCAGCUCAUUUUGAUAUAGAUUGGGGUAAGGAAGAUGAUUCCAAUCUGUUAAUAGGUAUCUAUGAAUAUGGCUAUGGCAGCUGGGAAAUGAUAAAAAUGGAUCCUGAUCUCAGUUUGACACAGAAGAUUUUACCUGAUGAUCCAGAUAAGAAACCCCAGGCCAAACAGUUGCAGACCCGUGCAGAUUACCUCAUUAAAUUACUGAAUAAAGACCUUGCAAGAAAAGAAGUGCAAAGACUUACUGGUGCAGGCAAUUCAAAGAGGAAGAAAACAAGAAGUAGGAAUAGAACAACAAAAGCUGCAAAAAUUAAAGAAGAAAUAAAAAGUGACUCCUCAUCACCACCCUCAGAAAACUCUGAUGAAGAUGAUGAGUAUAAUGAGGAUAAGAUUGUUUCAGUGAAACGUCCACAUAAAAAAAUUAAAGCAAAAGAAGAAAAUGAAGAAAAGCCUGAGUCAGAUAUUGGUAUAAAGAAGGAAGCUGAAGAAAAAAGAGAGACGAGAGAAAAAGAAAACAAGAGGAAUCUGAAAAGGGAGAAAAAAGAAAAAGAGGAUAAGAAAGAAUUUAAAAAUAUUAAAGAAAAGAGAGAAAACAAAGUAAAAGAAUCCAUACAGAAAGAAAAAGAAGUAAAGGAAGAAAAGGUAAAUGAAAUCAAAUCUGAAAAUAAAGAAAAAAAUAAAAAAGUUUCAUUGUUGGAUAUUCCAGUUCAUAUUACUGCAACUAGUGAACCAGUUCCAAUAUCAGAUGAAUCUGAAGAACUGGAUCAGAAGACAUUCAGUGUGUGCAAAGAAAGAAUGAGACCUGUCAAAGCAGCAUUGAAACAAUUGGAUAGACCAGAGAAAGGCCUUUCUGAAAGGGAACAGCUGGAGCAUACUAGACAGUGCCUAAUCAAAAUUGGGGACCACAUUACUGAAUGUCUAAAGGAGUACACAAAUCCUGAACAAAUUAAACAGUGGAGAAAAAACUUGUGGAUUUUUGUCUCUAAGUUUACAGAAUUUGAUGCCAGAAAGCUGCACAAGCUGUAUAAACAUGCAAUCAAAAAACGCCAAGAAUCUCAGCACAGUGACCAGAAUAUUAGCAACAACGUGAAUACACAUGUAAUUAGAAAUCCAGAUGUUGAAAGACUGAAGGAGAAUACAAACCAUGAUGACAGUAGCAGGGACAGUUCUUCUGACAGAUAUUUGUCACAGUACCAUGAUCAUCAUAAGGACAGGUAUCAGGGAGAUGCUUAUAAGAAAAGUGACUCAAGGAAAAGGUCCUAUUCAGGUUUCAGCAAUGGAAAAGACCACAGAGACUGGGAUCACUAUAAACAAGACAGCAGAUACUAUAGUGAUAGUAAACAUAGAAAGCUGGAUGACCACAGGAGCAGAGAUCACAGGUCAAACCUGGAAGGAAGUUUAAAAGACAGUCGGCCUCAUUCAGAUCACCGUUCCCAUUCAGACCACAGGAUACAUUCAGAUCACCGUUUCACUUCAGAGUACAGCCAUCAUAAAUCUUCCAGAGAUUAUAGGUACCACUCAGACUGGCAAAUGGACCACAGAGCUUCUGGUAGUGGCCCAAGGUCACCAUUAGAUCAGAGGUCUCCUUAUGGUUCAAGAUCUCCAUUUGAACACUCAUCAGAUCACAAAAGUACACCUGAACAUACAUGGAAUAGCUGGAAAACAUAA